GUGGAUCUGCGUACAAUGCUUUUUGUAAUGGGAGUUUGAUAUGAAUUCUGAUCGGUAUGACCGUAUAAAUCGCUACAAAAAAUACAUUUAAAAUAAGAAAAGCGCAGUGACAGCCUCGUCCCUGGACGUGUUGCUAUGUUCCCAGAGCUCAACAGCAUCCUGAAUACCAGCCCCGACCACUUCCCACGGGGGGAGUUCACCCUGGUUUCAGACAGACAGGCAGAUGCCUCCUUCCUCAUUCAUCACUUCCUCUCCUUCUACCUCAGAGCUGGCUGCAAGGUUUGCUUUCUGGGCCUGGUGCAGUCCUUCAGCCACUACAGUGCUGUGAGCCAGAGACUGGGAGUGAACCUGGCCCAGGCUAAGGAGAAGGGCCAGCUGGUGUUCCUUGAGGGGCUCAAAGAGACUCUAAGCAUCCUGUUGCGGGAGAAUCGUAGCUCUGACACAGACACGCUGAGCUUCUUGAGGUCUCCCUGUACUGACCUCCGAGGGCUGUUUGGGUUUGUGCGGGGCUGUGUGCGUGGGGAGCAGGGCCCAUGGGGACCCCCAGUCCUGAUUGUGGACGACCUGAGUGUGAUGCUCAGCCUGGGAGUGAGCGCAGAUGCCCUGCUGGAUUUCAGUCAUUACUGCCAGGCCACAGUCUGCUCAGAGCUGCAGGGUAAUGUGGUGAUGCUGACACGCGGCGAGGACGAGGAGGGAGAGGAUGACGAGGACUUGGGACGGCUGCUGACAGGCCUCGCACACAGCUGUCAUCUCGCGCUCCGGGUGCGAGGCCUGGCUACAGGAUACUGCAAGGACAUCCACGGAGAGGUGGAGCUGUGCUGGCGGGGGGGACGCACCAGUGUCAAUUUCAGUGGGCUGACAGAUCACCGGAGGGUGUACCAAUACAAGAUCCAGGACAAAGGGGUGUCCUUUUUUGCCAGGGGCACUUCCAGCGCUGUCCUUUGAUCUGCGAUACCCCACAACUUGGAUUUGCCCCUGGCACUUCCUGGAAAUGGCCUGUUGAACACCCAGGGGGUGUUCAGCUAUUUACUGUGCAGGUCAAGAAAUCUGAAAGGAUCUCGGGACAAGAAGGACCAUAAUUCACAAGAGAACAGUGUCAUUCAAAUGUGAGAACAAUACUUUAAUAAACAGUUCUGAAGAA